GGAGAAGGAGGAGGCAGCGGCGGCGGCGAUGUUCCCGCUGGGCUCCACCUGGAAUAUCUCCUUCGCGGGCUGCGGGUUCCUGGGGGUGUACCACAUCGGGGUCGCCAGUUGCCUCCAAGAGCACGCUCCCUUCUUGGUAGCCAAUGCCAAAACCAUUUAUGGAGCAUCGGCCGGAGCCCUGACAGCCACAGCCCUCGUGACUGGAGCCUGCCUAGGUGAAGCUGGUGCAAAUAUCAUCUAUGUCUCCAAAGAAGCUCGGAAGAGGUUUCUUGGCCCCUUGCAUCCGUCCUUCAACUUGGUGAAAAUCAUUCGUACUUGCCUAUACAAGACCCUGCCAGAAAAUGGGCAUGAGUUGGCCAGUGGGCGUUUGGGCAUCUCACUUACACGGGUCUCGGAUGGAGAGAAUGUCAUAUUAUCAGAGUUCAACUCCAAGGAGGAGCUUAUCCAGGCAUGUGUUUGCAGCACUUUCAUCCCCGUAUACUGUGGCCUGAUCCCGCCAAGUCUUCAAGGAGUGAGGUAUGUCGAUGGAGGGAUUUCUGACAACCUGCCACAGUAUGAGCUGAAGAAUACCAUCACAGUGUCCCCCUUCUCGGGAGAGAGUGAUAUCUGCCCACGGGACAGCUCCACAAACAUCCAUGAACUGAGAGUCACCAACACCAGCAUUCAAUUCAAUCUGCGCAACCUUUACCGCCUCUCAAAGGCCCUGUUUCCACCGGAGCCCCAGGUUCUGCAGGACAUGUGCAAGCAGGGCUACAGGGAUGCUUUGCACUUCUUGAAGAAGAAUGGUCUGCUCCAGCACCCAAGACCCAUCCGCUCUCUGCUAGCCAUUGAAAAUGGUGCAGAGGAGAAGAACCCCGAAGAGGAAGAGGCAGGAGAAGAGGAUCAGCUGCGAGAGAAUGCUGCACUGGCAGAGGCUGAAGCCCACAUUCUUGAACACUUGCCCCCUAAACUGAACCAGGCCCUGUUGGAAGCCUGUGCUGAGAGGAGGGGAUUGUUCAGUGGCAUUGCCAACCUGCUGCCUGUACGUCUAGUGUCUACUUUGAUUAUCCCAUACACCCUUCCUAUAGAGUCUGCUGUCUCCUUCACUGUCAGGUUGCUUGAAUGGCUGCCAGACGUUCCAGAGGACAUUAGGUGGAUGAAAGAACAGACAAGGAAAGUCUGCCACUAUUUCAUGAGGAAAGCCAAGAAGAAGCUAGGAAGUCAUCUCUCAGCCAGGCUGUACUACCAUCUUGAACUCAGAAAGACCCAAAGCUUGCCUCUCCCCUUGAGCGCUAGCUAUGGGGAGGCUCUGCCCAAGUGGUUACGGGGCAACCUCUCCCUGACGGACGUUAUGACAAAAUGGGAAGAAUACCAGCGCCAGCUGAUGCUGGGGCUCUUCUGUAUCAACGUGGACCUGCAGGCCUCCAUCUUCCCAUCAGAAGGGCUGCAGAUGAGACACCCACCAGCAGACUGCACACAAGAGAGUCUUCAGCUCUUCUAAGACGAUUGCCAGAACUUGUACGGGGUGGGAGGGUGGACAGUGACUGUGCAUUUCAACAGCCUCCUAGUGGAGUCCUUAACAUCUGCUAAGGUAUCCCCCCCUCCCCCAGCUCAGAGGGAGAAUUGAUAUCAAAGAGCAGCCUACAGUGCCACCACUAAGCAGAUGACUGGCACAGUACUAAAACAGAAGAUAUGUGCACUCUUAAAAGUGAUGGUGUAUAUAUUUGGCAACUGCAACACUGUUGGCUGUUGGCCAGGCUGGACUGUAAAGAGUUUCAUUUGGUGUACCUCCUAGAAGGUGUAUUCUUGAACUUGCUGUUUAAAAAGAGGGUUGGGACACAAUUGGGCUUGCUCAGGCUUGCUUUGUUUUUAAUCUCUUUGUUUUUAGAUCAGUAUUUUAAGAUUUGAGUCCCCUAGGAUCUUCAGUGACAGGCUAUGAAACUGUAAAAAUACAGCUGCCUAGAAUUUCUACUCUUGCAUUGGAAUCAGGCCUUGGUUUUUAACAGAGGUGUCUUGCAACUCCUGUUCCACACUCUCCAACAAAUCUUUCUGGAUGCUUCUGAAUGUAAGAAUAUAGAUUUGAGGAAUAUAGAACUCUAAAGCUAGACCCUUGUGCCAUAUUGUUCCUUGUUCUUCUCAGGCAUGUCCCCCUCUAAAGGACCUUUGGGGGAAAAUGAAAAUGUCAGAAGCUCUAAGCUAAGCUGAGAUCUUUUAUUUCUUUUUCUUUUUUAAAAACCAUCUGUGCAUUUUGGAUGUUCUGUUAUCUUCCUCAAUAUCUUUUAGUUAUCUGUCUUAAUUUUUGACAUGUGCAAUUGACAAAGGUUAUAAAGAAGGAUGUAGGAAGGUAGAAGACAAGGCAUGUAUGUAUGUUGUUUUAAAGUGGCUUGAGACUAAUCUGAUUUGUUGAAGCUGGCUAUAAGAGGAGAAGGAAGGGAUUUGAUUUCACUUACAAAAGAAUAUGAAGCUGCUAGAAUCUGGAGACUUAAAUCAACAUUGGUUCCUAUGCAUUGCACUUCAUGACAUCGAUGGAAUCCAACAACUUACUUGUGUUAGUUGUGAAUUUAGUCCCUUUCUAAAAUGAUGGAGCUAGCACACCAUGGCAUGAUGUUGGCUGUUGCUCUACAAGUGGGUGGUGCUGGUAAGUGUGGAUGAUAUGGAUCUGGAGGUCCCAAAAGGGAUCAUAGUAUGUGUGAACAGAAGAAAGAGUUUGCUCAUAGGUCAAAGGCACAAAAUGUGAAUGUAAGUCCUUCUUUGCAUCUUAGACCAGUGGAUAUUGGCUUACCUUCUUGUUGAGAUGAUAAAACAUAGGUCUUAAUUUCAUGCAGUGAAACCAUGCCUAGAAGUUAAAGCUAAGUAGGGAGGUGUGUGUGUGUCCAUGCCUCCCACCCCCGCUCUAUAGUUCAUGUUGCCAGAAGGGCAUUUAAUCGUUUGCCAGAGUCUGAAACUUCCUGAGCUAAAGAUCUGGUAUCUAUAACCAAAGUCUCUGCUAAUUUUCUCAUUUGCUCAGCAAUGCAGAUCCUGCUCCCUGCAAGCAUUCGAGGAGUUCCUGUCCCUCUUCACCAAACUGAACAGCCAUAUGUCCCCCUCAAAAGUGUCUUUCCUGUCCCUCCAAAAAUUUUAAGUGAGGAGUUGCUUCUCCAGCUUUCCCUCCAUCUGCACCUCUGCAUUUCCUGGUAUUGUCCACUGCAGUAUGCAUUUGGGAUAAAGCACUCCACGUAGCAGGGCAAGUCACCACCAGAUGUUUAGAGUCUCUCUCCCUAUAGCUUCUUAUCAAAAGUGACAUCUCUGCUACUAAUUGUCAUCAGCACUGAACUUUUAUUUCUUGUUUCACUGCUGUUGCCUUGAGCUUGCUACUGUGUAGUACGGCAAAGAUGUACUGUAACAGCAAAGCAACAGCAGCCCUGUUCACACUCAUAUAGGAAAACAGUUUAUCUGGCAAGUUUCCCAUUGGGAUCAGGGUUGUCAUCAUCCCCCCCCCAUUGAGAUUUGCCCUGUAAAAGGGAAAGUCUCUUAAGGACAAAAGUUGUUGGUAUAUUUGUACUGGGGCAGGGAGGAGUUGACCUCCUUUGUACUCUGACCAAGCUACCAUUCCUAUUUCUCUGUGUUUCUCAUAGUACAAUCUUUUUCAUGCCAAAUGAAACACCGUUGGGGGGAAGAUGGAGCUGGUUUGGGGUGUGUGUGUGUGUGUGUGUGUGUGUGUGUGUGUGUGUGUGUGUAUAUGUAAGCAAAGUUAAUUGUGAUGCAUGUUCAAAUACCACUGGAGAGCAAAUGGGAAGAUGCCACUGGGUACACGUAGGCUUCACUGGCACAUGGUGUCUGUGAUAGUCUAGAACGAAAUUUAAUAGAUUUGUUUGGGUGUGCCUAAGCAGAUGAGUGAUAGGUAGGUGAGUACAGCACUGACCAGUAGCACAAAAACCUUCUCGUAGCCAAAGCACACAGGAGUUUGAUGGCCAAGAGCAGAAUUUCUACAAAGACCCUCAAUAGUUCCAUCACUCCAAAGGCUUUGCAGAUAAGAGUGCUUGUUUGGGAACAGGCAGUACUAUGGAUAUGGGCAAGAUGAUACCGAAAGAAAAAUCUUUCAGUCCUUAAUUGAUGGCUCAUGUAGCACAAGUGCCUGCUUUGUGUCUGCACCCAACCUUGUUAAGCUUUAACACGUUUCACGAGACUUAGAAUAGUAGUGCUCUGAAAUGGUGGAGUCUCUGACUCGGCAGGAUGGGAGUGGUGAGGGAUUGGCACGAUGGCCAGUUGAAUAGCCAUUCACCUGUCCUAGACUUUAUGUAAACACUCUGGCAAGGAAUUCACUGCUCGCUCGCUCUGCAAACAUUUGCUUUAGAGUGCCUGUAGCAGAUUGUGAAAGAUCCACAGCACUAAGAGAAUCCAACUCCCAGUCUUGAGGACUCCAUUGGUAUAAAUUAAAUGAGAGCUAACUUUGGGGAAGUUCUUGCUGUGGUGUGUCUUUUUUGCCCUGAAAAAGGUAACAAAGCAAGCACUGCCAGCAAUGGUUUGUACAGUAGAAAAUAAACAUAGAAACUACUGGCAUUUAAUUCAGAGUUGGUCUGAGAUGCCAUUCUAUGAUGGAAUUAGCCCUCAAAAAGAACUCCUCCUUGGAGGCAGAAAUACUGUUACUUACUGAAAAAACGUAUUAAAGCCGCCUAUGAUCUACUGUGUUUCAGUAAGAAAUACAUGUGAAGUUAGAAUCUAUUUGUAGGAUUUACUGGGUUCGCCCAUUUCUUAUCCAUAAAACAAUCAAAAUCAUCUCUAAGCAGAAGAAGUCUGUCGGGAGGAUCCUAGUAGAUACUUUUAUAAGUGUAAUUUGGCAGAGAUGAGGACUGCUUGGACACCAAACAUCUCUAGACUCAUAGAUGAAGAAUAGUGCUAUCUAGUUGCUGUUUUGAGUGAAUUUUUAAUCUGACUAAUCUGCUAGAAGUAACUUUCUAAAAAAGUUAUUGGUAAACUUUGAACUAUUCAGAAAAGCAUGACUUUCCUCUGUCAUCUGACGAUCAGGCACCUUUGCGUUUCCCCCCUAAUCCUUAUAAAUGAAGUGUUCCAUGUUUCCUCUAAAUGCAGACAGUGAACCUGUGUGUGUGUGUAUCACCAACCACUUAAUUAUUCAGCAGUGUAUUCUCUUUUAAAAUAUCUUGCACAUCAUUUUUAUGUUUUCUAGUAUAGUAAACUGCUACUUAAGGCACAAUGACUGUGCUGCUGCAUUUCUUUGCUCCUAAUAUGCUAAUGUUAUAAUCUAGAAUGACCUUUUCUGUAGUAAUCCAUGUAGCCAGCUGGGAAAGCACCCAGAGUUGUAUCAGAGGCUUGUUUUAUAAAGUAAACCCCAAACAGCCCUUCUGUGUUUUUAAUAUAUAUACUUAUUAAUUAUUUAUAUUAAAAUCCAGAUUUUUAGUGCCAAACAAUAAUGCUGCAAUAUGCACUGGACCAUUUGAAAAGCAAAUAAACCCACAAAGCUUAGCUGCAUCCAGAAUUUCAAAUGGAUUCACAUGUUAUGGUCUAGAUUAAUUCCAGCUCUAAUAAUGACCAAGCCUGACACUGAAAUGGAGCAAAAAAAAACCCCUGAUGUAAAGUAGAAAAGUGCCAACAGAGAGAAGCCUCCCCCACCUAGGGAAAGCUUGGCAAUUUGGAACGUCUCUUGGCUAAAGGCUGGUGUAGGAGUGAGCACUGAGAAACCUUGUGUGACCUGCACAUUACUUUAAAAAAAAAAGAUUUUGCACAAAUCUAAAGGAUGGUAUUUGAUUACCCAAGAAGCCAGUGGAACAGUAACUUGUGUUGUUGUAUGUAUCUGCUAGUAUACUGUAUAGCAUUGUGCUCAAUACUAUGCAGUGCUUUGUUUUUGUUGUGUCUUUAAUGCUUAGCAUUCCGGCAUUCUGCUGCUGUCCUGAUGGCCGCUGUUCCCCUACUGUUCCUUUAUGUCUUGCCUCCUUGAACUCCUUAGCAACUACUAGGUUGGCAACACUGUGCCACAGAUGGAGUACCUGCUUUGUUAGAUCAUUGGUACUCCCCCCGUUUCACUGAUGUACAUUGGCCCUUCCUACCAGCUACAAGAAAUUGAAAUGCCAAAUGGAGAAAGAGCUUUAACGUUCUAGAAAGAACCAUGUUCGUUUUGCAUUUGUCUUCUCUGAGUCAUGAGAACUCUGUGUGCUCAUUCUUGCUGGGCAGGAUGAUGGUGUGUUGUGCACUUCUGUGGGCAGCCUAUGGCUUUUGCACUUGUGAGCAAAAUUUCAGGCAUGUCUCUGAAAGUUGGAGCAGCAACAAAAUCAGCUAGGAAUCGAGCAUCUGAUUUUAUUAACAUGGCACUAUUGUUGGGUAGUAUUCUAACAGUCACUUGAAAGUUCAGUGUUCAAUUAAUUAUGUUUUGCUUUUCUCCUGUUUCCCCCUCCCCCAUGUUUUGUCGGCAAUGUGUUAUGUAUUUAUUUGGGGGGAAACAUACCUCCUAAUAAAAUACUUUCUAAACCUG